AUGAGAAAGCCAAAGUUGACUUUGUAUUUCGACCUGCACAGUCCCUACUCUUAUUUGGCCUUCUAUGUUAUCAAGAACUCUGCCAUAUUCCGCGCCUGCGAAGUGACUUAUACCCCCGUCCUCCUUGUAGCAUAUAUCAAUGCUGUGGGUCUAAAGCCCCCUUGGAGCAGUCCCAACAAGGUCAAUUGGAUCCAGACAGAUGUCGGCCGAUGGUGCCAAGACUGUGGUAUACCUUGGAAGCAAGGCUGGCCCGCCAACUAUCCAUUCGAAGCGACCACAAUGGAGGUGCAAAGAGCUCUGAUUUCAUGCUCGCUCGAGUGCCCAGAACGUUUUCCGGAGGUUGUAGCUGUGUUGUACCACGCGUUCUGGUACGAGAAAAAAGGGGUCCAACUCCCCGAGAUCCACGGGCCUCUCAUUGCUAAAGUUGUAGGGGCAGAGCUCGCUGCCAAGAUCCGAGGGAGGACCGCAACUGAUGAAGUCAAAUCUCUCUUGAGACAGCACACGGACAGCGCGCUUAGCGGUGGAUCGCCAGGCUUACCUUGGAUCAAGGCCACGGAUUUGGAAGGACGGGAGCAGAGCUUCUGGGGAUUCGAUCAUCUGGGCCAGGUUGCAAGAUUCUUACGGCUUGGUAGAUUGAAUGAAGCCCAUCUGUAG